GGCCAGAGGGGCAGAGCGCCGGGACAAGCUCCGGGGAGGGGGAGGAGGGUUCUCCGGCACGUUUUUCGACCUCGGCAAGAAGGCUGCCGGGCUGCAGCCGAGAUCCUGGGACUGGAGGUGCGAUUUCCGCGAGGAGCUCGGGCGGCCCCUUUGCAGACCCUGCAUUGCCCCGCGGAAGCGACCGGCCUUCGGGCUCGCCGCCCCCAAGAGCUUCGGCCAGCAAGGCGCCCCCUCGUGGGGGGUGGUUCUUGGCGCUCCGGAACCUCCUCGCGGGAGAGGCGUUCCGCCCGGACGCCUUUCCGGCGCGCACCGGGGGAGGGGGCGUCGCUGUGACGUCAUCGGGCGGCGGCGGCGGCUCCCUGGGGCGGCCAUGGAGGUGGUGGCGGCGAAGGUGCUGUGCCUGCUGGGGACGCUGGCGCUGAUGCUGGCGGGCGCCCUGCUGCCGGUGAAGGUGCUGGAGGCGGACCCCGAGCGGGCGCAGCGCUCCCGGCGGGCCCUCGGCCUCUGCAACGCCCUGGGCGGCGGCGUCUUCCUGGCCACCUGCUUCAACGCGCUGCUCCCGGCCGUCCGCCAGAAGCUCCAGGAGGUUUUGAAACUUGGGGACGUGGCCACCGACUACCCUCUGGCAGAGACCAUCAUGAUGCUGGGCUUCUUCCUGACAGUGUUUGUGGAGCAGCUGGUCUUGACCUUCCGGAGGGAGAAGCCGUCCUUCAUUGACCUGGAGACCUUCAAUGCCGGCUCAGACGUGGGCAGCGACUCCGAGUACGAGAGCCCCUUCAUCGAGCCUUCCUGGGGGGGGCACGGCCCCCGGGCCGACCGUGGCCGCCACAGCCACGGGCUGGCCAUCUACGAGCUCUCCCGUUCCAGCCCCCUGCGGCUCUUCAGCCUGGUCUUUGCCUUGUCUGCCCACUCCAUUUUUGAAGGCCUGGCCCUGGGCCUGCAGGAGGAGGGCGACAGGGUCAUGAGCCUCUUCCUGGGGGUGGCCAUCCACGAGACUCUCGUGGCCGUGGCCCUGGGGAUCAACAUGGCCAAAACAGGGCUGAAGAUCAAGGAGGCGUCCAAGCUGGCCGCUGCCGUCAGCCUGAUGAUCCCCCUGGGCAUCGGCAUCGGCAUGGGCAUCGAGAGCGCCCAGAACAUGGCCAGCAGCGUGGCCUCGGUCAUCCUGCAAGGAAUCGCCGGGGGCACCUUCCUCUUCGUCACCUUCUUUGAGAUCCUGGCCAAGGAGCUGGAGGACAAGAACGACCGGCUGCUGAAAGUCCUCUUCCUGGUCCUGGGUUACGCGGCCUUGGCGGGCCUGGUCUUCCUCAAGUGGUGAGGGGCCUCCAUGUGGCACCCCAGGAAUGGGCCAAACCCCCCCCCCCCUGCGUGUGCCCGGAGGAGGAGAGCCAGGCGGUGGGGAGGGCGAGGGGGGGUCACCAAGAGGCACAUUGUCCCGAGUGCUGGACUCUUCCCUGGCCAUUUCCUCACAUCCAUUGGGGGGGGAGUAGAGCUGGGAAGUGUCCUCUUCAGCUGAGGUUUUUGGCCAAGACCUCGAAGACAGCCUGGCACGGCGCUUGAUGGAGCCACUUUGCCCUCUGGCAGGCACAAGGGGCGGAUUGGGGGGAGGCUCUGCCCUCUUACUGAAGGGAAACAUUUGUCUUCGCCAGGGGCUGCCGGUUCAUUUCCUGAAAGCUGGUCUCCUCCUCCUCCUCCUGCCAGGAGCUUAUUUGGCACCUGGGGUUGCCAAGGCUUCAUCUGGUCUUUUGUUUGGACCAGCCUUGCAAUUAGGAAAGGGCUGAGCUGCCCACAAGGCCCGGUGUCAUCCCUGACUUGCAGAGGUCCGUCCUGCCCUUCAGAGCCGCCAGGUUUCUGCCCUUGCUCUGGGGUGGCCCGGGGGCCAGUUGUCCACUUCAGGAUACUUUUUUUUAAUGCAACUUGAAGCUCCUUGUUUGGCUUUGUGCGUGAGAAUGAGAGCGUCUCCCGCGUUGGGCCAGAUUUGAGCCACACGGUUGAGGAGCAAAGAUUUCCAGGCGCAUCUGGGCCUCUUUGGGCUCCUCGGAAUGGGGCAGGAGGGCUGAAAUACUUGCCAGCUCGCCCUCCCCAUGCCCGUCUGCAGCAGAGGCCACGGGAACUGCCUGCCUGGAUGGGUCCGUCUCCUUUGCGGACCAGCGGGUCCCCUCUGGCGCCCUCAGGGUGGCCGCCUCUGCUGGCAGAGUGUUGGCCCUCUGGCCGGUCUGUCUGGUUAGCUUCUUCCUCCCAGGUGCUCGAUCAGGGCAGGGCGAGGCCUGUGCCUGGCCUCCCUCUGCUGCUUCCGCAGUGGAGAGACUGCCAAUGCCUGCCGGGGCUCUAGCUCAGGGACCACCCCAGCUACCGUCACCCCAAGGACGGGCCUUCCUCCCCUUGGGCUCCGGAGAAUGCGCCCAUCCUCCUCCUCCUUGCAGCCUCAGGCAAAGCAGAGCUGGACCCUCUGCGCACCAGACAGAGGCUGUUGGGGCCAGGAAGUUGCAUGAGGGGGGGCGGGAAGGCACGACCGAGGACCACCCACCACACUCCUGAUCGUUUGGCUGAGGGGAUGCAGUUAGGGGAGAGGCGCCUCCCCCUUUCCCCCCUCAGCUGCAGCUGGUACCCAAAAUUGCACCCCUGGCUGGCUGGGGUACGAGUGGGCACCUUCCUCCCCAAUUGUGGCAUCAGCCUGGCUGCUGGCAAGGCUUCCUGAGGCCCUCAAAGCUGGGGGGGGGGGGGAGAAGGGGUCUGCUUGUGGGUUUGUGUGUGCGUGGGCAUUAUUUAUUGCAUUCCUGCUCUGGGAAAGGAUCACACCCGUCUGGUUGGGUUGUUGUGUUGCACUUACGAUAAUCUCCGUUGUGCUAAAAUAGUCAGUCUCUACAGGCUGAAAUAAACCUCCUUUACUGCC